AUGCCAAAAGUCGGAAGACGAAGAAGUCAUACACGCAAUAUGAAUUCAAUAAGAUCUAUAGAAAGUAUUGAAUCGAAUGAACCAAAAACAUCGUCGGGUGAAGAAGAAGAAAUCGUGAUUAACUCAGAUGAUGAUAUUGAUCGGAUUCAUUUUUCGAAUGAAUCUGUAUUAAAUGAUAUCAGUGAUCUAUUUUCGUUUUGUAAAGAACAAAUUAAUGCUCGUUUCGUCAGCAUGCUUCUCUAUAUGUCACUACGUCAUCUUGGUCAUUCAUGGAGAGAUGUCGAGUCAUUCUUAACAUCAAUUGGUGGUAUGACCGUAAAAACAUCUCACAAAUGGGCAAAUAUUUUAGUAAACAAAGAUUUUGAUGAAUUCACAAAGGAUGAUAGAGGAGGGAAAAGAUUUGCUUCAUUUUGGAAUUGUUAUCCAGAUUUAGAAUUAGAAGCAACACAAUUUGUUAUUGAAGAAUGUUCAAAAAAAAGAAUCAUCAUUCAUAGCUGA